UUGACUCUGCUUUAGGUUAGUUUGAAAAAAGAUAGGCCUUAAGUUAAUUUGUGUUUAUUAAUCAACUUUUAUUCAAAGGUUUCGGUUGCAAGGUUCUAACUGAAUCAUUAUUUAUUAUUACAAAGGAACCUUGAUCAACCGGCUGAGAUGUCGUCAACCGGAGUUUUACCCUUCGUCCGAGGUAUUGACCUCAGUAGGAAUAAUUUCCAGGAGGAAGAUUUUAUCAAAAUUGUUACCGAGAUGAGUGACUUAAGAUGGCUCAAACUCAACCGGACUUCAAUGAACUGGGUACCUGAAGAAUUGGCCAAGUUAACCAAAUUGGAAUCACUUUCACUGAUAAAAAAUAAUCUAGUUUCAUUACAAUCAGAUAUUGUUGCCAUGAAUUGUUUAAGGUAUCUGAAUGUUCGGGAAAAUAAGAUAAAAAAUGGUGGUCUACCGACUAGCUUAUUUGAGCUUAAAGAACUCCUAGUGCUUGAUCUGAGUCGGAAUCAACUUAAAGAAGUGCCCGGUGAAUUGGAACACGCAAAAAGUCUUCUUGUUCUCAACUUAAACCACAACCAAAUUGAAGGUGUUCCUAAUCAAAUAUUUGUUAAUCUUGUAGAAUUAAUGUAUUUAGAUUUAAGUUAUAACAAACUAGAAACUUUACCUCCUCAACUUAGACGAUUAGUUAAAUUACAAACUUUAAACCUCAGCUGCAAUCCUCUUGGACAUGUUCAAUUGAGACAAUUACCUUCCCUCAUAGCCCUCCGUUGUUUAAAUUUACGUAACACACAGCGAAAUGUACAAAAUUUACCCUCGUCAUUGGAAUCUCUGAUUAACCUUAGCGAAUUAGAUUUAUCCGAUAAUCAACUCGAAUCAGUGCCACCUGUGUUAAACACAAUAUCCAACCUUAAAAGGCUUAAUCUCAGUGGAAAUUGUAUUUCAUCCUUGGAUUCCAAUUUCGGUGAUGCAUGGAAAUAUCUAAAUACACUUAAUUUAUCACGUAAUCGACUUAAAUCCUUGCCGCCAUCAAUCUGUAAAUUAACUCGCCUUCGACGUCUGUACAUUAGUUAUAAUGAAGUUGAUUUUGAUGGAAUACCUUCUGGAAUAGGGAAACUUUCCAAUUUAGAAGUAUUUGUUGCAUCGAAUAAUAAUUUAGAAAUGAUACCUGAAGGAAUUGUUCGUUGUGGACGCUUGAAAAAACUCAAUCUUGCUCACAAUCGUCUGAUAACUUUACCAGAUGCCAUACAUCUUUUAAACGAUUUAGAAGUUCUCGAUCUCUCUGAUAACCCUGAUCUUAUUAUGCCACCAAAGCCCCCUGAACAUCAUUACUAUUCCAAAGGAAGUGGAAUUGAAUUUUACAAUAUUGACUUUUCGUUGAAAACCCAAUUGCGAAUGGCAGGAGCUGCUGCACCUAAAAGUCUUGCUUCGCCCACAUCACCGGUUAAAGACCCUAUCGCGCGUAAAUUGCGACUCAGAAGGCGCCAUCGUAAUGCAGCGGAAGACGAUGAAUCAAACCAAGCUAAAGUGCUCAAAGGAAUGAGUGAAUUAGCUAGAGAGCGAGAUCAACUCAUAGAUGAAUUUUCCGAGUCAAGUGAUGCCAAUCUGAAACCUAAAAAAUGGGAAGAAACUCUAGAAAAGCCGCCAUUAGAUUACAGUGAUAUUUUUGAAGAGGGUGUUGGCCAAAUUCCUGGUUUAACAGUCUGGGAGAUUGAAAACUUUUUACCCAAUGUUGUUGACGAAGCUCUCCAUGGUAAAUUUUAUGAAGGUGAUUGUUACAUUGUUUUAAAAACUGAUGAAGAUGAAAAUCAAAGUUUAAGCUGGCAAAUCUACUUCUGGAUUGGAUCCAAUGCUCCUCUUGAUAAGAGAGCUUGUUCCGCAAUCCAUGCUGUCAACCUUCGCAACUUUCUUGGUGCUCAAUGUCGAACAAUUAGGGAAGAGCAAGGAGACGAAUCGGAAGAGUUUCUACACCUCUUUCCUGAUCGCAUAAUGUACAUAGAGGGUGGUCGUACAGCCAGUGGAUUUUUCACUGUGGAAGAAGUUGAAGUUGUUCAUCGAAUGUAUCGACUUCACGAGCUUCAAGACAAACACCGUCAACUUUACCUAGAAACAGUGGCCUUAUCAAGUGAAUCACUGGAUCCUAGAUUUGUUUUUGUUUUAGACGCAGGUUACUCUAUCUAUGUUUGGAAUGGAUACAAAUCAAAGAAUACCAUGAAACAAAAAGCUCGACUAUUAGCUGAGAAAAUCAACAAAGAAGAAAGAAAAAAUAAAGCAGAAAUUGUAUUUAUUUCUCAAGAUGAAGAACCCGAAGAGUUUUGGCGGGAGCUAAACGUUGAUCUACAAACUAUUGAUGACACCGUAAUUGAUGAGCACGUAGAUCUGAAAAAUUUCAAACCUUGUUAUCCUAUUUUGUACAAAGUUGGCUUAGGGAUGGGUUAUCUCGAACUUCCGCAAGUUCAUUUUAAAGAAGGCAAACUCUUCCCUUCUCUGCUUGAACCAAAAAAUGUUUACAUCCUCGAUUGCUCAACAGAUUUAUUUGUUUGGUUGGGGAGAAAAGCACCUCGUCUAGUCAAAGCUGCUGCCAUAAAAUUGGUUCAAGAAUUGUAUGAUAUGAUUAAAAGACCGGAACUUGCAUUAAUCACUCGUUGUUUACAAGGGAAUGAACCACAAGUCUUUAAAGCAAAAUUUAAUGGCUGGGAUGAUGUUAUUGCUGUUGAUUUUACUAGAACUGCUGACUCGGUUGCGAGAACUGGUGCUAAUCUUCAUGAAUGGAUGUCUAAACAAAAGGUUAAAAUUGAUACUUCUGCACUUUUCAUGCCAAGAGCUAAGUCAAUGGAUCCAGAAGAGGAAGAAAAAUUGAUUGAAAGUUGGAAUGAUGAGCUUAAAUCUAUGGAAGCAUUUGUCUUGGAGGGUAAAAAGUUUGUUCGUCUACCAGAAGAUGAGUUAGGACACUUUUACAGCGAAGAUUGUUAUGUUUUCCUCUGUCGUUAUUUACCACCUCUUGAGUCGGAUGAAGAGGAAGAUGAAGACGAAAUCAUUGAUAGCAAUGAUUACCAUCUUAUCUCAUAUUUCUGGCAAGGUCGUGAUGCUUCCAAUAUGGGUUGGUUAACAUUUACUUUCGACAUGUUGAAAAAGUAUCAAAUUCAUUUUGGUGAUAAACUGGAAGUUGUUCGGACCCAUCAGCAACAAGAAAAUUAUAAAUUUUUAUCUCAUUUCAAGCGUAAAUUUGUGAUACAUACUGGUAAAAGACCUCCAAAAGGAUCAUCAAAUAAGAUGGUAUCACUUAAUCAAAGAUGCACUCGUCAACCUGAAUUUUUUUAUCUUCGAUCAAACUGUUCACUAAUAACAACUCGUUGUAUCCAAGUAGUACCUGAUGCUGCCAUCCUUUGUUCAGGUUUCUGUUUCAUUUUGGCUAUUCCUGGUGAAGAUUCAUUCGGAACUGCCUAUGUUUGGGUAGGAAAACAAGCUGCAGAGGAUGAAGCUUCCUUAGUUGAAGAAAUUGCUUCUCAAAUGUAUGAUUCUCAAGAUUUUAUCGUAUCUGUGAUUACUGAAGGUGAAGAGCCAGACGAGUUCUUUCAUUAUUUAGGUGGAAAGAAACCUUAUGAGACUGAUUCUUCUUUCAUGCAAUAUACACGACUUUUCAGAUGUUCCAAUGAUAAGGGAUAUUUCUGCAUAUCAGAAAAGUGUACCGACUUUUGUCAAGAUGAUUUGGCUGAUGAAGACAUCAUGAUACUUGACAAUGGUGAUCAAGUUUUCGUUUGGGUUGGAUCAAGGUGUAGCGAUGUUGAAAUCAAAUUAGCACUAAAAAGUGCAGGUGUUUAUGUACAGAAUAUGAGAAUCAAGCAACCCGAUCGACCGAGAAAACUGAUGUUAACAUUUAAAGGAAAGGAAACUAGGAAAUUUACUAAAUGUUUUCAUGGUUGGAUGAAACAUAAAUCUACUGUUGAUCCAAGGACAGAGUAUCUCCUUAACAGGAAUGAUGACUUAGUGGAAGUUUAAUUAUACAAACGGAACUACAGUUAUAUUUCCAUUUAACAAAUGUCUAUCACCAAUCACCAAACCAAUCAAUAGCAAAGUAACAAAAACAAUAACAAUCUACAUACUAGUGAGAGGGAGAAAAUUUCUUUCAACAAAAUAUAAAUUAACUCUUUCGCCAAAUCAUCAUUUAAAUUUAAUCAUAAUCACAUUGAGUUUCAUUAAUUGUAAUAAUUGUUCAUCUUUAAUAUCUUAACUAUUAUCAUAAUAUCAUCAAUUCAUUCUCAUCAAUCUCCAUUCAAAUUGUAUCAAGCUGAUAAACUUCAACUACUAAGCAAAAACGAUUAUGCACACAGCAACUCUACGAUUAAUUUAUGUGCAAAAUGAAAUACGAAAUAAUAUUUGUAAACAUAAAAUUUUUAACAAAUUUUUACACUUAAACAUGUCAUAAUUUACAUAAUUGUACAAUAGAUUACAAGCAACAAAAACUAACUGCAACAAAAGGAUCAAAAUUGAUGGGUGUAAAAAAGUGCCUAUCUGCAUUGAUGGUACAAGAAAACUAUUGAAAAUGGAUUGCGAGCAAUUUACCAUGAAAAACAAAACAAACCAACUAUGGUUGACUAUAUACACAGUGAUUAUGAUUUUUUCCUUGCAAAUAAUUGUAUUAUUACUUUUAAUCGUGAUAAUUGGAAAUGAAAAUAAUGUGUAAUCAUGCUGUAAAUGUUUACUUUGUUUAUGUUUCUAUCGCUUCCUUUACAUGAAUCUUGUUCCCAUCUCCAUGAAAAUACAGUAGAAUAAUUGAUUCUUUUGUUUAA